UACAAACAAAUAUACACAAAUGUAAACAAAUAGGUAUAAAUAACAUGCUUGAUACAUACAUUGAUUGAUUCAUUGAUAAUUGAUAUACAUCAAUAUAAAUUUACAUAGUCUUCUUGAGCAUUCAGCAUUCUUGAGUGAGCUGAGUCUUCAAGUCAAUAUCAGUCAAUAUGUUGGGCCUAUUUCGUUUGCCAAUAUUGAAAUCUGUUAAAAUUGCACAGUUUGGUGUUAAAAGUUUUGCACGACUGAUUCCAAGAGUACUCAAAAAAUCAUAUGGAUCAUCCAGAUCAAACGGUCAACGGGUUGUUUAUGGACUAAAUCAGUCAUUCUGGGAAUUUAACGAAAGAAUCAACCCAUGGUUAACAAAGGUAGCAUUUCGCGUAUCUGUCGUCAGUUACUCAUUCUACUUUUUGAUAUAUAUCAUAAUGGCUUUUCAAGAAAAACCAGCUAAAGAGUAUGUUGAAGACAUCACAUACUCAUAAACAUCAGUUUAUCCAAAUAUGUUAACUAUUAUUACUUAAGUUGUUGAAAUUUUGUAACUUUUAGUUUAUAAAAACAGUUUAAUUAAUAAAUGUAUAUUUUCAAUUUUCA